CAUUUUCCUAUGCUGUGUACUAAUGCGUAGUCGGGAUCCGCAAUAUAUCCCCACCGAUCAAGCAGGCUAGAGUGAUGUGUUCCCCAUUCGAUUCCGAAAUAGAUCGGCUCUCUAUCUAGCGAAAACCAUGUCACGAUUACAAUGUCGUGAUUUAGUAAAGGUCGAACUACUCGCCCUCAUCUCCAUCUGCUUACCGCCUACGCGUUCGAAACCUGGUUCUACCCCUUCCUAUGUCGCCCGCCAUUUUUUUCACUCAUUGGUUCCACCCUCAACGACACCUUUGCCCCAACGUCUCUGCUCCGUCCUCUACGCCUGCUUCAUCACACCCCUCGCCUACCGCCACUUAUCCAGCGUCGUCCAAUUUCCCUAUCACUUCCUUGCAAGAUCCUCGUGGCCACUCCCGCGCCUCGCUAUCUUACCUUCUCUCUUUCCAUGGUCCACGCAGUGCUUACUGACCCUCAUGCGCGUCGUCGCACCGACGCUGGCCCGUGAAGACUCCCACGUGGAAAUUUGGGAUGGUCUAGAGCAAUGCUGGGAGGACUUCGAGUCUCUCCGCCGUGGGGCAGGUUGCAUUGGCACUGUGGGCGGCCUUCCAUUGCGGUCAGCGUAUCAAGAUUGGCGCCAGACCCCCUUGAUGACGCGUUCCUAGGCAGCCAACACAGGCGCCACAUCCCCAACGCAGUCGUUGACGUGUACUCUUCCGCUGGCGCCUACGUCUCCCGUAACAUUGGCUCCGGCGGUGCCGCAUCCUCGAACUCGAACUUCUAUUAGGGACUCUCAAAGUUGGGGGGCACACACUUCGCCCACGCCUAUGACCCCUUCAC